AUGGUGCAUGGUGCGGACGAGCGUCCGUCCGAGCUGAUCAUCCAUGGGCGUGUCUAUGACGUUUCUGGCUUCAUCAAGCGGCACCCAGGCGGCUCGGUGAUCAGGUACAUGCUCGACCGUGAUGCGUCGCACGCGUAUGACGAGUUCCACCAGCGGUCGGAGAGCGCGGACAAGUUCCUUGCCUCGCUGCCGUCGCGGCCUGUGGAGGCGACGGAUGUGCGUGUGGAUCGGUCUGCGGUGAUGGCGGACUAUGAGAAGCUCCGGCGUGAUCUUGUGGCUGAGGGCUUUUUCGAGCCGUCGCUGGUCCAUGUGGUGUGGCGGUUUGCCCAGCUGGCGCUGCUCUCGGUCCUCGGCGUGUGGCUCCUCCUCAACGGGUGGGUGGUGAGUGGGGUGCUUGUGAUGGGCCUGAUGCAGGGGCAGUCGGGAUGGCUGCAGCACGAGUGCGGGCACUACUCGCUGACGGGCAAGGUCGGGCUCGACCAGCUCCUGCACGAACUGCUGUUUGGCGUUUUCUCCUCGAUGUCUGCCUCGUGGUGGCGGAAGCAGCACAACAAGCACCACGCGCGGCCGCAGCAGCUGGACGCGGACGUGCUUCCUGAGCAGCAGGCCUCGCUGUGGAUCAAGUUCCAGGCCUUCCACUACUUCCCGAUGCUGGAGAUGCUUGCCCUGUUCUGGUCGUUCUACCUCCAGCCGCGGCAUGUGGUGCGGACGAAGCGGUACCGCGAGGGUGUGUUUAUGGCGAUGAACCACGGGUACCGGCUGGCGCUUGGUGUUGCGGCGACGGGCUCGGUGUGGGGCACGCUUGCGGUGUACUUUGGCAUCCAGACGGUGCAGGCCAUGUAUCUUUUUGGCCAUUUUACCGUCUCGCACACGCACCUCCCCGUCCUUGCGGCCGACGAGGACUUGUGCUGGGUGGAGCACACGCUGCGGACGACGAUGAACAUCGAGUCGUCGUGGUGGUGCGACUGGAUCAUGGGCUACCUCAACCUCCAGAUCGAGCACCACCUGUUCCCGUCGAUGCCGCAGUUCCGCUUCUCGCAGGUCUCGCCGCGGAUCCGGGCGCUGGCCGAGAAGCACGGCAUCCCGUACCUCGAGGACUCGUACGUCAACGCUUUUUACCGUACCAUUGCCAACCUGCACCACGUGGGCCAGUCGGCCGGCGAGGCGCAGAACAAGACCGUCUCGUACGACGCCGUGCCCAAUGUCACGGCUCUCAAGCGCAACUUGCACUCUUAG